CCAUUUUUUUGCACUACACUUCUCGGACGCUUAUAUACCGAACGGAACUGACAGGCCUGCGAGAGCCUGCUGCAAAACAAAACAAACAGCCAGCAGGAAGAGACCGAUGGACGUUUCCCCAUCUGUCCAACAUAAACAAGACGACCCGGACAUGUGACUGGCUGCAAGGACGGAAGCUUCUCGAAAAAAACGGCUAACCACGGGCAAAAUGUCUCGAGUUGAUGAUGUCAUGAAGCUCUGUUGUGAGCUAUCCGCCAAUCAGCAAAUACAGACCACAGUGAUGGGCUCAGGGAAAGGUGCAGCGGUUGCUGGAGGACUAGCCUUCGCUGGAGGCUUACUUGGAGGUCCCCCUGGUAUUGCCGUCGGUGGUGCUGUUGGAAGUCUCCUGGGAUGCUGGCUGACCACCGGACAGUUCAAGCCGCUGCCUCAGAUUAUCAUGGAGCUGUCCCCCCAGCAGCAGCAGAAGCUCUAUGAGAACCUCAUGACCAUCCUGGACAACGUUCACUGGACAGACUUGGCCCAGCUUACUGCUCUGGUAAUGGGUAACCCGACUCUGAAACAGCAGCUAACAGGUGCCCUUCUUGGGUACAUCACCAAAGAGCUCCAGGCCAAUGUGCAUUACGUGGACUAGUGUUUGCUGAAACAGUGGUGCUGUAUGUUGGCCUCAGAUGAAAAAGUUUCCAGAAAAAAAUGUGUCUUUUUAAUAUAUAGCUCAUCAAUAUUUUAUGGGGGUAAGAAUAUCUAAUCUUCUAACUUCUUUUGAGACUGAGUGCAGUAGUGUUUACUUUGGAUUAUUGUGAAGGACUGACAUCUCAAAAUGAAUUGAAACCAUCAUGGCCCUACUUAGAAUGCAAGUGGAUGGUGUUGUGAACAAGUUUUCAUGCUGAAAUUGCUGUGUAAAUAAUUAAACAACAUACAUAUUUAUGCAGAGCAGAUAAUCAUGUUUACCCUUAAAGUUUGCUACUGUAAAAUAAGGAUAUAUAUGUAGUAUGAAACACUACAUUGUUACACUCCUUGAAGUUUGCAACUGUGAAGUGAGGAUAUAUGUAGCAUGAAGCACUACAUUGUUACACUAUUCUCUAAGAGUACAUAUGUUGUGAAUACAAAAAAGUUCUUAUUCUCAGAAGAUAGUGUUUCGCUUCUUCAAUGUUGCUGUAUAUUAUUCCUUGCAGAUAGGUUUUCAUAUAUGUACUUCACACAUGGUACGAGGCUAUUAAAGAGUAAGCAAGCACUUGUUUUUAGCCCACCUCAGCCUAUUCACAUUUUUAAAAAAGGCAAAAAGGGAUAGACAGCAAGAGAACAGUGAUGGGGAUGGGUUGGGGCAGAAGGUUGUAGUGUUGUAGAACAUCUCGUCCCAGCUUCUCACAAGUCUACCCAGAGAGUUUAGCUGGCUAACGCCCUGCGCACCGCCCUUUUACUCACCUCGUAUUUUAUUGCUCUACCGCACUGGACGCCACAUAACUUGUGUCGUACGGGUCUCUGCAUCUUUAACUAAUAGCCCCAUAUUAAGUAGGGCAUUUGGAAGGGGUUGAUCGUAAUGUGUUUUUCCAUGGAGGCAAGAUGGAGCAUAAUUUACUUCCUCAAAGCGGCUGUGAGAUGUGCUACAUUUAUGGCUGAAUUUAUCAUGAGAGCAAUCAGUUUUACUAUCCUAGGCCAACA